AUGAAAAGAGACAGACCACUCUCACCUUCCGAUUUGUAUACAACACCAAACAAAAAACGAAAAGUUGCGACGUCUCCUACCUCAACUCUAAACAAAAAUAUUUUCGGAUCAAAAACGGAAUACUCUGGAAAUGCAUUUUCUAUCUUAACUGGGGAGGAAGAAGAGAUUAUGCAACACUUCGUAAAAGCGAAAUUAUAUUGCUUGGAUGGAGAAUGGAAAGAAAGAGGUAUCGGAACAUUAAGACUUAAUUAUCCGAAAGAUAAUGAAAAGUCACCUCGAUUGGUUAUGCGUACCGAUAAUGUCUUCAAAGUGAUAUUAAAUAUUAUAUUAUUUCAUGGAAUGCACAUCGAAAGAUCGCAGGAUAAAUUUAUAAAAUUAUUUGCAUAUGAAGAUAAACUUGUCCAUCUAGCUAUAAAGGUUUGUAAUUAG